UACCAUGAGAGCCCCUAAAAAGGUAAUUAAACUUCUUUCCUCAAUUCAAAGAUCUUUCUUAUGGGGGGGUAAAGGGGGGGAUAGGAAAAUUGCAUGGGUUAGUUGGGAGAAAGUAUGCAAUAGUAGAAAGGAUGGGGGAUUAGGUGUUAAGGACUUGGAGAAAUUUAACAUGGCACUUUUAGGAAAGUGGCGAUGGAGAUUGGUGGUGGAGAAAGAAGCUUUAUGGAACAGGGUAGUUGAGGCCAAAUAUGGGAUUCACAGGAGAAGGGAUUGGGAGGGGAGAGAGGUGAAAAUGAAUAGCUCAUACUGGUGGAAGGCACUGUGGAAAUUAGACAAAGAAAGAGGAAGUGAUGAGGGAUGGAUGUACAAGGGAGUAGUAAAAACAGUGGGGGAGGGGAAUGAUACCUUGUUUUGGCAUGAGAAAUGGUGUGGGGAUGCGCCAUUUAGAGUGAAAUUCAAUAGAUUAUUUAGAUUGGCAGAAGAUAAGGAUGCUUUAGUCAAAAAUAUGGGUGAAUGGAGAAAUGGAGAAUGGAUUUGGAAAUGGAGUUGGAGUCGAGAAUUGCUAGGACGUGAAAAUACUCUUGUGCAGGAUCUUAACAAGCUACUGCAAGGGAGCAAGCUGGAACAAGGACAACAAGACUCUUGGAGGUGGAAGUAUGAAUCGAAGGGAACUUACUCAACAAAAUCUGCAUACACCCUAUUAAAAAGCAGCAAUAGAGAGGCAGACACAAGAAGGUUUAGUAUGUUAUGGAAUAAUAAGGUGCCUCUUAAAGUCUCCGCAUUUGUAUGGAAAGGCAUGCAAAAUAGAAUUCCCACUGGUGAUAACCUGGUAAAAAGAGGAAUAGUUGGAUCAAAUACUGAUUUUGCAUGCAUCUUUUGUGGCAAACAAACGGAAACAGCCAGCCAUUUAUUCUUCACCUGUGAUGCAACAUGGGCAAUUUGGCAUGCAGCUUACGCGUGGUGGGGAUUACAGGCAGUUCUUACGUGUGAAGGCUGGAAGCAUCUGCAGCAACACAUGGGUAUGGUGCGAAAUAAGAAAGUGAAGGAAAGUUGGUAUGUGAUAUGGUUUACAAUUAUUUGGUCCAUUUGGUUGUGGAGAAAUCAACUAAUUUUCAAAGAAGGUAAUGACACUCCAGCCAUGGUGCUGGACUUAAUCAAGAUGCGUUCACUAUAUUGGAUUAGGGCCAAGCAAAAUACAGAGUUGGCUAAGGAAUUGUGGCUCGUGAACCCCAGGGAAGCAUGUAAAUGAAAAGGAAUUUUGAAUGGUUUUGCACUGGGAUUGAAUGGUCUAAUGUAAGAUGAUGUAAAGGGUGGAGUACCCCUUGUACUCUUAUGUUAUUUUUAAUAAAAUUCAUUUUGCCGA